UCCCCGCGCGCCUCCGGGUCCGCUGCCCGCCGCGCGCCCCUGCCCGGCCCCGCGCCCCGCGCCCGCCAUGGGCCCCGCGCCCCGCCUGGCCCUCGCCCUGCUGGCGGCCCUGCUGGCCCCGCGGGCCGCCCGCCGGGUGCCCGACGCCGAGGAGGGCUUCGGGGACUGCGACGGCUUCUUCUACGCCGGGGCGGCGCCCGCCGGCCGCUUCCAGGACGCGCUGAAGCUGUGCCAGCGCUCGGGGGGCGCCGCGCGCUUCGCCACCCUCUACAGCACCCGCCACCGCGCGCCCCUCUUCUCCGCCUUCCGCGCCCCGGGCCCCGCGCGCCCCGCGGACGCGCCCCGCUGGCUGCUGGAGCCCCAGAUCGAGGACCCCAACAGCCACCUGGAGGAGGCGGCCGCUGAGGUGGAACUGGCAGCCGAAGGGAGCCACCUGGGGAGCCAGCAGGCUGUGAGCGCCGACUAUGCAGACACAGGGUAUGAGCCGGGACAGCUGUACCCGUGGCCGCUGGGCAGCGACGCCCUCACUCUCACCAACUCUGUGCCCAUGAACCCAUCUUUCCGGGAGCGCUGGCAUGAGAGUGUGCAGCGCCUGCUGCAGCGAGCCCUGCUCCCGCAGUGUGUCCCGCACCAGGACCUGUACCUGCUGGUGGGCGCCGUGCCCUCCGAGCACAUGCUUGGUGGCCGGGUGGCCGUGCCUGAGCUCGUAUGGCUGGCGGCCUGCUGCGCUGUGCCCGGUGGGGGCUGGGCCUUGGGCUUUGUGCUGCACCCCCGGGCCGGGGCGGUCAUUGAGGAUGUGAUGCUGAAGGACCUGGAGCGGCUGCUGCCCACGAAUCCCCAGCUCUUCCACAACAACUGCGGCGAGGCCGAGCAAGACACGGAGAAGCUGCGGAAGAUUCUGGAAGCCGUCACCCAGGUGCAGGAGGAGGAGCGGGCCGCACUGGCCGAGGGGGGCCCCCAGACUCUGCCUGUGUCGGCUCCGAAGUCACCGAAGGAGGAGGAGGAGAAAGAGGAGGAAGCCGAGGCCCAGGGCAGCUGGCUGGGGAGGCUCUUGGGCCUCCUGGCCACCCCGUUCCUGAAGCUUCUGCAGCUUCUCUAUGCCCUGGUGCUGGGGGCGCUUCGGGGGGCCCUGCACCUCCUGUGGUUCUCCACCAAGUAUGUGAUUCGGGCUGUGGAGGGCGGCCUGUAUCGCCUGGGCUCGGGCACUGCCUCCUACCUGCUGGCCAUCGGGUCCGAGCUGGUGAUCAUCCCCUGGAAGGUGGUCCAGGUCCUGCUGCGGGUCUUGGGGGCCCUCCUGCGCAUCCUCUGCUGCCUGCUCAAGAUCGUGUGUCGCAUACUGGGCCUGCCUGUCCGCGUGCUGCUGGACGUGGCCGCCUUCCCCGUGCACACGGUGGGUGCCAUCCCGGCCGUGUGCAGGGACAUCGCCGUGGGCCUCGGGGGCACCCUGGCGCUGUUCUUCAACAUGGCCUCGGGCACCGUGGGGGGCCUCCUGCAGGUGCUGCUCGGUGUGUGCCGGCGGAUCGGCCCACGGGUCCCUCUGCCUCUAGACAGCACCGGGGACUUGUAGCGGCGAAGCAGGUGUCUCUUGUCUUGCGUCAUCUCUCAUCUCCCCCCAGUAGACCAUGCCGGACUCUGAGCCUUUCCUGCACCUCUGUCCCCUUCAGGGAUCUUCCCACUCAGCCUUGGGGAGGGUGGAGGGACAUGUUUCUGCAGGAGGGACACGGUGGGAUGUGGUGUGGGUGGGGGUGUGGUGUGGCCACUGCUCGAUUGGGGGUGACUGUAGGCCCUGGGGCCUUGGCCAGAGGUACUCUGAGGCUCUGUGCUCUCUGCUACCAACCAGAGGCACAAGGGAGCAGGGUGGGCAUCAGCAAAGGCCUGAGCAAUGGAAGAGGAAUUUCCUUGCCUGCUCUUCCUGCUGCUCGCCUCCCUUUCCUCCUCCCUCUUCUCCCUCCUCACUCCCUUCCUCUCUUCCUCCAUCUUCUCCUCUCCUUCUCCUCCUCCUCCUCCUCUUC